CUCUUAUAUGCGACCCACCAAAAAUGUGCAUCAUUCAAGAUCAGGUAGCGCAAUGUCUGCUUGUAGUGGCACCUACGCCAGGUACUGCUUCUCCGAAUCUCAUAACUGGAGGACAAAGUGCGGCACAAGUUUCGCAGGCACCUUCACCAAUAUUCCCAGGUUUUGGUCAACCCGAUUCCAACUUCCCCCAACCCACUCCACCCCCUACGACAACAACUACCACAUCGCCUGAUCCAUUGGCCCCACUACUGAGCUUAUUCGGGACAGCACCGGGGGGAGGACCAGCGCUCACUCUACCCACGCUGCCACCUCCACCCACUACAACGACUACGCCCUCUGUAAACAUCUGCACACUUCCACCACUCACUGGCAGUUGUAGUCGAGCAAGAAUUAUGUGGUAUUACGAUACGGAAACUGGAAGAUGUGAGCGUUUCAGCUUCAGUGGUUGUGGCAAUCUCAACAGAUUCCCGAGCAAAAUGCAAUGCGAACAAGCAUGCGUCAGGCAUGGAUAACAAAGCAGAACAUCCACC